AUGUCUGUUGGAAAGAUCACUGGUUCUCUGAGUUCCUUCACCGUCGAGAACACGGCCGCGCUUGUCAAUUUUAAUGUUGAUCUCACGCUGUUCCGAUGCGAGCCCUUGGCAGAAUUCAAGCCCAUAGGAUCUGCUUUAACCAAGAGAAGAAAGAAAGAGGCCGAGACUGGACAAACACACAAAACGGCUUGCAAGUUGGGGUUCCUUCUGAACGAUGUAAUUCCAGACACGCCGUUGCUACGCAAAGCCUAUGGCAGCCGUGUGAGCGAGAUUCUAUCCAGACCUGAUAUCAACCCUCACGGCACCGACGACGAUGGCCCGUUUCAGCCAUUUAUAGGUGCCGACUGCACCAGCAUCUGGGCCGCUGCUACUUCAGGAGACGCUGCAAUUGGGGUUCUCCUUCUCACUUGCAUCUUGGCUCAUGCUUUCGACGCCAAGAAAGCGGUCUCUAUUUGGUCUGAACUCAUAGACCAACGCAAGCGCAAUAUCCAGCAUUUGUUGGAAACAGGAAAAAUAGUGAACCCGAACACAGUGGUCGCAUGCAACCAAGAGAUCACCAGGGCUGAACUGAGAACAUGGGAUGCAAGUGCCCGGUCCUGGCUACGAAGAGCUGACCUAGCGAUGGCAUCCCAAAAGACAAGAUUUACUCUUAUUGCUGAGAAUAUAGCAAUCCCAUAUCCCGGGGGUGGUACAAUGUUCGAAAAGGUUACAGCGACCUGGACAAGAGCUAUGGGGGUAUUUGAGAAAUUACUCGAUAACAACCCUCAGCAGGCUUGUGAUCGGGCAAUUAUUUCUGGAAUUUACGCAUGGCAUCUCUAUCCGGACCUUGUUGUAUUCCAAACAGAAGCCAAGAAGGUGCCUUUCAACGAUGGCCUAAUUCCAAAUUCCGGAGUCCUAAGCCUAGGACUGGAGUACAGAGGCAUGCCAUCCGACAGCUUCAUCCAUUGGUCUUUGGCUUUAUCUCACCUGAGAUACUAUGGAGAUCCUGUCCAGGUCAAGAGUAAUGAGAUAGUCACCCGUAUACGUAUGCGAGACAUGUGGCUUCUUGCGCUUGGCUCACUACUUGGCAGUUGGGGCGUGCCGUACACAAGUCUGAGUACUGGCAUGGCGUGGUUCGAACAACUCGGACAAAGACUACGUAGCAGCACUCAGGGUAACAGGAUCGAACUCUCCUGGGUGUUACGACUUUGCAAUGCAGUCACUGGCCUAUCUCCCGAGCAGGCUGAUACUGCCCACAGGCUCGUCAAAUAUGGCUGCCGAAGAGGUGGUAAUCUUUUUGGGAUUGAGGGGUCAGUUCCCACUCAAAUAGCAUUCUUUGGCCUUUGCAGCCCAGCUUUCAUCAGUUCCAUGAACCAAGAGGAUGAAUAUGAGGUUGGAAUAGAAUGGCUUCGGAAUGUGUCUGUUCAAGCGGACAUUGACGUCGGAGACGUGGUUAUUUCGCACUCAGGAAAGAUUGGAUAUCACGAUUACACUGAAUGGAUCACAACACAACCCAUCAAUCUUCGUCUCACGCAAGACGACACUGAUCAGGAGAUGGCGGAUGAUGAACAAGUGAGCUACAUGAGGUGGAUCCAUUGUCCACUAGAUGAUGACGACCUUACAACGCGUUUGAUGCUAGAAGAGAGGGCUAGAUCUCUUCGAAAGCGUGGGGAAGCUUGCAAGCUUGUCACUCACCGCGAGGGCUUUCUUUACAGUUACCCCUAUCAAAAGCGUAAGAUGUACACGUGGCAUAACCCGCCACCAAUCUUCAAGCUUUACGAGUCUCAAGAGAGAGAAGAGCAGGAAGACUUUAUGAAUUUCAUUGGUCUUCACGACGAAGGAUCCAGUAACUACGAACUCCGGAUCAGAACCAAGAAGAAAGGGCUAGAAUGGAUAUCAGAUCCUGUAAAUACAGACAAAGUAGCUGAAUACCUGCUCUCAUAUCUCAGUCAAAACCAGCCUGUUUUUACCCCAGAACGCAAACUGAAGCGAAAGCGACCGUCAAAUUCACCAGAGCCGUCAUCACAUCAAGACUCCUUCCAGGGUGCCUUCGACGUGAUGGCCAAUUUCGUUCCCAGAUAUCCCGAGAUAAUAGUUGGGAUGAGGGCUCUAGAAGUGGCACACAAACUCUACGAAACACUUCCAGGGGUAACAGUCUCCCUACGUAUUAUCGAACAGAACUUACUGAAGGCGCAUUGGCUACCAUCUUCUAUGAAGAGAAUACUAGAUUUGUUGUCGACAAAUUCAAGAAUAGGCGCAUACAAGGAGAUAGCCUCUACUCCAGUUGAGGAGCACAUCAAGGAUAUGACCCGCCAGGACUCAUUCGCAUGUGUUGCUAUGUUCGAGUCAGGUCACCUCAACGUCGAUCCGUCUCGCUUAACAGAAACUAUUGCUUUGUGUUAUGAAAACUCAAUAUUUGUUGCCGAAAUAUUGCUUCGUGACCCUAGUAUAGAUACAUCGACACUGGGUCUGGCUCACUUGGUUGGCAAUGUGGGACAUGCUGGUAUGGUCUUUAUGGUUUCACCUAUUGAGCCUCGCAUUCGGCCAGCCCAACAUGAUCCAUCACUAAUUGAUCAUCUGCGAUACGACAAUAGUGUCGCAGAUAAACUGCAGGGAACUUCGCUCCACCUUUCCUUCACAACGUGGAAGAUGCCACUUGACUGGGAAACAACCGGAGAGAUAGACCAAGAGGUUUUUCUCCUAGAGUCCGUUGUAUCGGUGCAGGACAAGGGAACGUGGGUAGCCGAUAUCGAUGUUCUCGAAAGGGAAAGAGAAGGCAUUGAGAUUCUCAAGUUUACAUGUGGUUGUUUGGAUCCCCAUUUCCCAGCUGAUGCAGAUGCAGUCUCACUUGAUACGUGGGAGGAACUUCUCGAUCCUCCUCCUUGCGUUGGGAUCUUCAGAGCAAAGGAUAAUUGGGCGGCUCGACUUGCAGCGGUUUCUAUCCUGAUUCAACAAGGACGUAACCACGUUGCAGUUAUCGUUGACGGUGAUAGACAGCUCAACAUGUCGCAACAAGCAACUUCUUCAACGCCUGUCGACCCAGACGCCAUCGCGCCUCCUUCAUACACAGCUAAUACCAACACUGAACCGCCUACCGACGAGAAAAUCGCAAUUGAACAGCGACACAUCAACGACGACAACCUCCCCGAAGUCGUAACAGAGUCAACAUUCCAGCACCAUCCUGCGCAACCGAGCCCCCAAACGAGUCCUCCCCCACCCAGCGCGACUGUCUCCCCCGAGCCUUCGAGCGCCAUGUACAACGGAACACAAUCGCCUCCAAUCCUGCAGCACCCUGCCCAUGCGCAGCAGCAGCAAUAUGCCGGCCAAGAGUCGAUGUCCAUUCCGAUGCAGCAACAACCUCCCAUGCGCCCUACCGGUCCUACGGUCACUCCGCUUCAUUUGCUAGAGAACCAAGCUGAUUCCGUCGACUGUCCAUUCUGUCAGCGACAGACCGAGACCAAGGUCAAGAAGUCUGCGUCUGGCAUGACACAUAUCUACGCUGCGGCGCUCUUCUUCGGAACCUUCUUCGGCGUUAUUUGUCCCUACAUCUGCCACUGCGCACCAAAUGUCAGCCAUUACUGCAAGAACUGCGAUCGCAAAGUCGCAUUCAAGGAAUACAGGGGCCAGAUGCAAGCUUUGGGUACACCGGAUCAUUUGAGAGAGGCUUCAAAGUAUGCUCCUGCCGAGCCUGCGCAGAAGUAA